GCAGGGAGCACCCGGAAGUGACGCGCCGUCCACGGAAGUCCCGCCUGCCCCGGCGGAAGUCCCGCCCGCCAGCCUUUUGUCCCUCGUGGCUGAUCGCCGGCAUGGCGCACUACAACUUCAAGAAGAUCACGGUGGUGCCGUCCGCGAAGGACUUUAUUGACCUGACGUUAUCAAAGACUCAACGGAAGACUCCAACAGUUAUCCAUAAACAUUACCAAAUUCAUCGCAUUAGACAUUUUUACAUGAGGAAAGUCAAAUUUACUCAACAGAAUUACCAUGACAGACUCUCACAGAUUCUAACGGAUUUCCCCAAAUUGGAUGAUAUCCAUCCAUUUUAUGCUGAUUUGAUGAACAUCCUCUACGACAAGGAUCAUUACAAGUUGGCUCUAGGACAGAUAAAUAUUGCCAAAAAUUUAGUGGACAAUGUGGCCAAGGAUUACGUGCGGCUCCUGAAGUACGGAGACUCCCUGUACCGCUGCAAGCAGCUGAAGCGCGCGGCCCUGGGGCGGAUGUGCACCGUCAUCCGGAGACAGAAGCAGAGCUUGGAGUAUUUGGAGCAAGUGCGUCAGCAUCUGUCCCGUCUGCCAACUAUUGACCCGAACACGAGGACCCUGAUCCUGUGUGGGUACCCGAAUGUUGGCAAGUCCAGCUUCAUCAAUAAGGUGACGAGAGCCGAUGUGGAUGUCCAGCCCUAUGCGUUUACAACCAAGUCUCUGUUUGUGGGGCACAUGGAUUAUAAGUAUCUGCGUUGGCAGGUUGUGGAUACCCCGGGGAUUUUGGACCACCCUUUGGAGGAUCGGAACACCAUUGAGAUGCAGGCCAUCACGGCCCUGGCUCACCUGCGCGCCGCGGUUCUGUACGUGAUGGAUCUCUCUGAGCAGUGUGGGCACGGGCUGAAGGAGCAGCUGGAGCUCUUCCAGAACAUCAAACCUCUCUUUAUCAACAAGCCUCUUAUAGUUGUAGCAAACAAAUGCGAUGUGAAGAGGAUAGCUGAGCUCUCUGAAGAUGACCAGAAAAUAUUUGCAGAUCUGCAGGCUGCAGGAUUUCCCGUGGUUGAGACUAGCACCCUGACGGAGGAAGGAGUUAUUCAAGUGAAAACGGAGGCUUGUGACAGGCUCCUGGCUCAUCGAGUUGAAACCAAAAUGAAACGAAAUAAAGUGAACGAGGUGCUGAACAGGCUGCAUCUGGCCAUGCCGAACAAGAGAGACGACAAGGAGAGGCUCCCUUUCAUCCCUGAGGGAGUGGUGGCACGCAGGAAGAGAAUGGACAUUGGGGAGCCCAGGAGAAAGCGGGAACGAGACCUUGAAGUGGAGCUGGGGGACGAUUACAUUUUGGAUCUUCAGAAGUACUGGGAUCUGAUGAACUCCUCUGAGAAAUACGAUAAGAUACCAGAGAUUUGGGAAGGCCAUAACGUAGCUGAUUAUAUUGAUCCCGACAUCAUGCAGAAAUUGGAAGAGUUAGAAAAAGAAGAAGAGCUAAGGACAGCAGCAGGCGAGUACGACAGCGAGUCUGACAGUGAGGACGAAGAGAUGGGGGAGAUCCGCCAGCUGGCAAAGCAAAUUCGGGAAAAAAAGAAGCUGAAAAUUCUGCAGUCCAAGGAGAAGAACACACAGGGCCCCAGGAUGCCUCGGACUGCUAAGAAGGUUCAACGGAAAGUCUUGGAGGAGGAGAUGAGCAGUCUGGGUGUUGACAUGGAUGACAAAGACAACGCCCAUUAUGCCAUCCAGGCCAGAAGGUCCCGGAGCGUUACUAGGAAGAGGAAACGGGAGGAGUCUGUUCCACCCACAUCUGUAACCCGCAGCCGCAGCUGCUCUCGGACUCCGCGGGAUGUCUCUGGCCUUCGGGAUGUCAAGAUGGUGAAGAAAGCCAAGACUAUGAUGAAGAAGGCUCAGAGGAAGAUGAACCGCCUGGGGAAGAAGGGAGAAGCGGACAGACACGUGUUCGACCUGAAGCCCAAGCACUUGCUCUCCGGAAAGAGGAAAGCCGGUAAAAAGGACAGGCGGUAGUGGCCUCUGCAGCUGCAGUGGUCUGGCUGGACGGGAUGGCGCCCGGCCUGGCGUGGUGUGAUGUGGGGUUCUGGGGUCGGGGUCCCCGCCUGUAAACUGCAGACAGUGAGGAAGCCAGACGCUCUGGCUGCUUGGUCUCGGUGGGUGCGCGAGUGCGGAAAAGUAUUCGCUCCGCCGCACGGCACAGGCCUUCUGAGUGGACGGUGCGUUCUGCGUUUGAUGGAGUUUUGAUUGCUUCAGAUCUGCAGAAACGGAAAGAUUGAUUGACAUGAAUGUGUGUUUUGAUGGAGAAAAGUCUUACUCUGUUCCGCAAGAGGGAACUUUGGUUCAUGUGUGUCUGGUCUUUUUUUGGAAAGAGAGCACCUCUGCUUGUGAACAAGGGCAGAAGGCUGCCAGCCCUGCCGGCUAAGAACGAGUGCCAGCGCUAGAUGAUUUUCUCGUCCUUCUGUACGAUGUAUGUGCCCGGGUAACCUCUCUCCAUCUGUUUAUCCUGAAUAAACUUCAAAAGACAGUGGUUUGGGUUGAUUUAUUUAGGUGGUUUUGGCUUAGUUAAAAUCACUGUAGUUUGGCCAAAUGGAAAGGGAAAAAAAUAAACCAACUCUUCUGUUUUCAAAACAAAAAA